CGGUUGACACUUGUGACAUGUCAAUUUUGAUGUGGAAAUGUGGACACGUAUUAAAUAAUAAUAUUGGUUAAAUUUCAUCAUAUUAUAUCUUUAUAUCUCUUAAUAAUACUAUUUACUAUAUUCCAUCAAGAAACUGCUCUUUUAAACAUACAAUUAAACAUAAGUGACGUGUAUUUUAGAGUAAUAUGGCGGGAGUAGAGCAGCCUUGCUAUACCCUUAUAAACUUUCCGACAGACUCGGAACCACACAAUGAAAUGCAACUGAAGCUAGACCUAGAAAAGGGUGACAUAAAGAAAAAGAUUGAAGCCCUAAAGAAGACUAUUAGCAUCAUAUUGUCUGGUGAGAAGAUUCCUGGUCUGUUGAUGAUAAUCAUCAGAUUUGUGCUGCCGCUACAGGAUCAUACUAUUAAGAAGUUAUUACUUAUCUUCUGGGAGAUUGUACCAAAGACUUCUCCUGAUGGCAAAUUAUUGCAAGAGAUGAUCCUUGUUUGUGAUGCUUAUAGAAAGGACCUGCAACACCCUAAUGAGUUUAUCCGGGGCUCAACACUCCGUUUCCUGUGCAAGCUGAAGGAGCCAGAACUAUUGGAGCCUCUAAUGCCAGCCAUUCGAGCUUGUCUAGAUCACAGACAUUCAUAUGUCAGGAGAAAUGCGGUUCUCGCCAUAUUUACUAUUUAUCGCAACUUCGAGUUCCUGAUCCCGGACGCGCCGGAGCUGGUGGGCACGUUUCUGGAGGGCGAGCAGGACAUGUCGUGCAAGCGCAACGCCUUCCUCAUGUUGCUGCACGCGGAGCAGGAGCGAGCGCUCGCCUACCUCGCCGACAGACUCGACCACGUGCACGCCUUUGGGGACAUCCUGCAGCUUGUCAUCGUGGAACUCAUCUACAAGGUGUGUCAUGCGAAUCCAUCUGAACGCUCGCGGUUCAUUCGUACCGUGUACGGACUGCUGAAUGCGCCCAGCGCCGCCGUGCGAUACGAAGCGGCGGGGACGCUCAUCACCCUCUCUUGCGCUCCAGCCGCUAUCAAGGCGGCCGCCGCAUGUUACAUCGACCUGAUCGUGAAGGAGAGCGACAAUAACGUGAAGCUGAUCGUUGUGGGGCGGCUGAGCGCGCUGCGCGCCGCCAGCGGGGACGCGGGCGCGCGCGCGCUGCCCGACCUCGCCAUGGACGUGCUGCGCGUGCUGGCCGCCUCCGACCUCGACGUGCGCCGCCACACGCUGCACCUCGCUCUGGAGCUCGUGGGUUCGAGACACGCGGAGGAGCUGGUGGGGGCGCUGCGCAAGGAGGCGGCGCGUGCGCAGCUCGCCGAUCACGACGACGCAGACAAGUAUCGCCAGCUGCUCGUGCGCGCCAUGCACCGCGCUGCCCUCAAGUUUCCGGAGGUGGCAGGCACGGUGGCCCCGGCGCUGCUGGAGAUGCUGGGCGACGGCAGCGAGGCGGCGGCGGCGGACGUGCUGCUGUUCCUGCGACACGCGCUGCACGCGUUCCCCGACCUGCGCCCGCGCAUCUACUCGAAACUUCUGGAGGUGGUGAGCGGCAUCCGCGUGGGCAAGAUCGCCCGGCCCGCGCUGUGGCUGGUGGCCGAGUUCGCGGAGAGCGCCGACAGCGCGCGCGCCGCGCUCGACGUGCUGGGCGCCGCGCUGCCGCCCCUCGCCGCGCCGCGCGCCGUGAGUACCGCGCAGUCGCCCCGGCGCGGCCGCGGCGCGAGCUUACUGCUCACGGAUCAUUCGCAGGAGGAGGAAGCCGCGCAGGACGGCGCGAGCGUGAAAGAGAAGGAGCCGCCGGCGCGGCAGCUGGUCACCAGCGACGGCGCGUACGCUACGCAGUCCGCUUUCAAUUUGCCUAAGGCACCGACUGCGACGGAUAGCAAGACCGGCGGGCUGAGCAGCGCUCUGCGAGAGGGGGAGAGCUUCACUGCAGCCUGCGCGUGCUCCGCUCUCGCCAAGUUAGCGCUGCGCGUGCAGGAGCCCGCCCUCGCGAACCGCGCGCUGCACCUCGCCGCCUCGCUGCUCGCGUACCACAAGACGAACAAAGGCGCGGCCGGGCUGACGGCGGACGACGCGCAGCACGGCGCCACGUGCGUGCGCGCGGCGGCGGCGCGGCCCCGCGUGGCGCGCGAGGCGCUGCUGCACGCGUCGCGCCGCGCGCUGCACGCGCUGCUGGCGCUGCCCGAGCGCGCCGCGCCCGCGCUGCUGCCGGACUGCGAGGCGGAGCGCUCGGCGCGCGCGGCGGAGCGCGUGUCGCGGCGCGCGGAGGUGGAGUGCGGCAUCACGUUCGCGGCGCUGGCGGGCGCGGCCGCCGCGCAGCACCACGACAUCUUCGAGGUGUCGCUCAGCAAGGCGCUGCAGGGUCGCAGCACGACGAGCUCCGAGCGCGGCAAGCUGUCGAAGGUGACGCAGCUGACGGGCUUUUCGGACCCGGUGUACGCGGAGGCCAUCGUCGCCGUCAACCAGUACGAUAUCGUGCUCGACGUGCUCGUCGUCAACCAGACCGACGACACGCUGCAGAACUGCACGGUGGAGCUGGCCACGCUGGGCGAGCUGCGACUGGUGGAGCGGCCGGCGGGCGUGGUGCUGGCGCCGCGGGACUUCGCCUCCAUCCGCGCGCACGUCAAGGUCGCCUCCACCGAGAACGGGAUCAUCUUCGGGAACAUCGUGUACGAGGUGUCGGGCGCCGGCACGGACCGCGGCGUGGUGGUGCUCAACGACAUCCACAUCGACAUCGUGGACUACAUCCAGCCCGCCGUCUGCAGCGACGCCGACUUCCGCCACAUGUGGGCCGAGUUUGAGUGGGAGAACAAGGUGUCCGUUAAUACGAAUAUCACCGACCUGAGGGAGUACUUACAACAUCUGCUCGCUUCUACCAACAUGAAAUGUCUCACGCCGGAUAAGGCGCUGUCGGGUCAAUGCGGCUUCAUGGCGGCCAACCUGUACGCGCGGUCCAUCUUCGGCGAGGACGCGCUCGCCAACCUCAGCAUCGAGACCCCGCUGCAGCGCGUCGGCGCGCCCGUCGUCGGACACGUGCGCAUCCGCGCCAAGACGCAGGUACGACACAUGCGUGCGCAUCCGCGCCAAGACGCAGGUACGACACAUGCGUGCGCAUCCGCGCCAAGACGCAGGUACGACACAUGCGUGCGCAUCCGCGCCAAGACGCAGGUACGACACAUGCGUGCGCAUCCGCGCCAAGACGCAGGGCAUGGCUCUGAGCCUGGGCGACAAGAUCAACAUGAUGCAGAAGUCCCCGCCGAAGCUGACCGAGCCUACCGUCGCCGCCUGAGUCAGCUAAGUCUGUUGCGACACUUAGUAGGUUACGUAGUAUUGUAUAGUCUAUUUUAAUCCAAUUCGACUAGUGCAAAGUGUAAACAGGCUGAGAUAGAACAUUUUAUCAAACAAACUGCCAUCAGUAAAGCGGUUCGUUUAGUUGUCGUGUUUAAUUAUAGUACUCGUUGGAUUGGAAGAUACUAUAGCUUAAUUAUUGACUAGAAAUAUUAUUAUUAAUAUAUACAGAUGAUUUUGACCGAAUGUCGUCGAAGUUAUCGAGACGAGACCAUUUAAAAAAAAAAUUGAAUAUAACUUCUUCAUAACUACCCUCAUUUUCAUAUUGUUGAACAUAAACAUACAUACAAAUAAAUAUAUAUAUAUACACCUUAUUUUAUGCGUCGAAAUAUAUAUGUUUCAUUCAAAUAUUAGGUAUUAAAAAUAUUUAUGACAAAUUAAUUUGUAUUAUAAGCCAUUCCGUCAGCUCUGUAAGUUAAAAUGCUGCCUUUGUGAUGAUUAUAAAACAUAAAUUUUGUUAAAUAUAUUUCUUAGAUAUAUA